AGAGGGUUGAGGAGAGAGAGAGAGAGAGAGGGAGAGGGAGAGAGAGAGAGAGAGAGAGAGAGAGAGAGAGAGAGAGAGAGAAAGAGAGAUAUAGUAGUAGCGUGCGCGCGUGUAGUAGAGAGGGACUAUCCUCGAAAGGAUAGGACGGAUAACGACGAGAAGGAAAGAGCGAGAGAGGGAGAGAGACAGAGAGAGAGAGAAGGGGUAGAGAAAGAGAGAGAAAGAUAGAGGUUGAGAAAGAGGAGAAGAGCGUGUGUGCGCGCGCGCGUUCGCGCGUAGAGACGCGUGCGUCCUCGUGUGUGCUUGCGACGUAUCUCGAAUAGCAGGAUUGCACAGAGAUGAAUGGACGGUUGGUCUGCCGUGCCUUAUCGCGACGAUGAUAUCGAGAAGAGGCCGAAUACGAGACUCCACCGAGGCGUCGUCGGAAGCAUCGGGAGGACGAUAUGGCUCUGGGGCUUUGCUCCCUUCAUCCUCCUUUUCCAGGACGAAAUCGACUGAGGAUACUUCGUUCAAGACGGUGGUGAUUAUCGGAGAGGAAGAGCACUGUAGCCGGCAGUGACCAUGGCGCCUCUCGUCGCGUGCGUGUAAACAGUGUUCAAAGAUCACGUUCGAAUUGUGUCCUUCUUUGCUGCUACUCGUCCCUUCCUUUUCUCACUUGCAUACUUCGAUGUCACCCCCUAUUCGUCUAUCAAGUGUUGAGUCUUUCGUGUGUUGUACGAAGCAUCCGUGUUACUGCGGGAAGAGAGAGAGAGAGAGAAAUAAAGGGGUGGAAAUGUUUUAGAAAAAAUCAAAUGUAUUCAUUCUUCUCUACAAAUCCUUUUUAGUAGUGAAGGUAUGAUUGAGUGAAAGAGAUCAUAAAAAAAAGAGAAAAUGUAUAAGGGUAGAAAACCUUUGAAUUUCUUUUGUCAUUUCCUUUUCUUUAAAGAAAAGGAAAUGUCUCUGUCUUUCUCCUUCGUUAUCUCUAUCUUUCUCAUGGGAGCUAAACGUGAUAUGUGAAGACUUCUUGCUGACUUAACAAGUGGAGAAGCAAGAAUGGUUGUUCGGUCUUCCUUGGGGUCCUCAUACGAAUAAUUUAAUGCUAACAGAGGAUCAUCUCAUCAGAAUGUUUUUCUUCGUUGAGCCUUGGAAUGAACAGAGAUUUCUCCAAUCCUCUUCGUUGAAUUUUUGUUUCAGAUUUUCGUUUCUUUCGACCAGAGAAAAAUUAUUGCCUCAUUGCAACGUGACCACAACGAGCACGGCAUGUGCCUUAUCCGUUUAAAUGCGGAUUCUGUGUUUCUCCUACUUGUUCUACAUAUUCAUCCUCCAUGUUGUGUAUGUGUAUGUCCGUGCGUAACGGCGGACGAACGUGUGUGCGGUCGGUUGACGUAAAAGCGUGACGAUAUCGAAGAGCACAGUGACUCGUUGCUGUUUAAGUAUACAUAUAUGUAUAUAUGUAUUGCAUGUGUGAUAGAGGAAUUGAAGGAUCGUGCGAGUGACGGAUGUGGCGACGUGGGAAAAUACGCUGACGAUUUUCGUACGUUCGAUCGGCUUUGCCAAUUUCCAACUAUCCCUAAAUACCCUACGUGACUAUCUCGUUCUCUCUCUCUCUCUCUCUCUCCCUUUCUCUUUCUCUUGCAUAUAUAAUUAUCAUUGUGUACAAAGUUCGCUCUCGUUAAUCAAGUCAGUUGCAAUGGUGUUGUACGAAGUGGUGAUCUUCUACGAGGCCAAUUUGGAUAGAGGAAGCUCAGCACCUUUAUGUCCACUGUUAUUGACGCAUACUUACAGAAGACUGAGGUGUAUCAUUCCACAUUCAAAACAACAUAUCGCUUAUCCACCAUAAAAGGGGGAAAAGGGUGAUGGCCCGUACCACGCGCUCGCGACGAAAAAUGGCGAAUACGAGCGAUGCUCCCUCGACUGCGAGCAGCCUUUUGUCGAGCACGACGACGACUCCUUUCAGCAACCCCACAUCAACGACCUAUUCAACUGAGGGCUAUACCUUCAAUUACAGCGACCUCGCGAAUUUCGCUGGAUACUCCUUGGAUGAACUGAAUCACACAGGACUUUGGUUAGACGUGUGGAAUGGUACCGAGGCUGCUGAUAACGUAACUGAGAGGUUAAACGCCACUGUAUUGAUACCAGGUGGCUAUUGCGACGAGUGGGAGGCAGCCCAGCACAAGCUCUUUCAGGCAGCGAAUAUAUUCUUCAUGGUGGCCUUUCUGGUGCCGCGCUCAUUUAAGGCCUCCGUCUUGGCCCUCCGUACAUUUCUAACGGCCGGAUUUAUGCUGGCUGCGUUAUGGGCCGGUAUCACCAUAUGUGCUCUCGACGCCAUGCUCUGGUGUCUCUUCCUCGGCCUUCUCAACGGCAUACACUCCUUGAUACUAGCUUGUCGAUUUUUACCGCCUGCUCUCAGUCCGGAGCUUGCGGAGUUGUACCUCAAGCUUUUCAAACCUUACAAGGUCAGCAAGAAGCACUUUCAAGAAUUGGCCAAAGAAGCGAGGAUACUCAAAUUGGAUGCUGGUCAGACAUACGCGACCGAAGGGAUCACGCCCGCGGACGAAAGGCUAUCAAUACUUUUGCGUGGACAGCUGAAUGUAACGUGCGACGGUACCCACCUGCACCAUGUCAGAGCUUAUCAAUUCGUCGACUCGCCCGAAUGGGAAGCCACGCACGAAAACAUCGAUGACGUCUUCCAAGUAACGAUACGAGCCGAGGAAUCCAGCACAUACAUUUGCUGGACAAGGCUGAAAUUGCUGAGGGUAUUAAGGCAUAGGCCAUUGCUAAAGGUUGUUCUCAACACCCUCAUCGGUAAGGACAUUACGUCCAAAUUAUACGCCCUUAACGAGCAACUCGCUGACGUUUCCACGGUCAGUGAGAACACCAGGUCGAAUCCUUACAGAGGCGUCGCCAGAAGUCUUAGCGUCGACGCCGUAAACACAGAAACUGCCGGAAGAGUUCGUUCGACCACGUGGAAGGCGCAAAGGAGGCACAGUAAUCCGCGUAGUGACAGAAGUUCACCGGCCCGAUAUUCUCAUCAGUAUUGGGCGCCUGUGGUGGCAAAUCAUUUUCCACCGACUUCGCCCUUCACCCAGGGCCAAAACCUCGGGUAUUCGUUACUGCCGCAGGGUGUUCAAUUCUCGCCACCACGGCGGGCGCCGCUCAUGUCACAUCCGCCACUGACGCGGCAACGUAGUGGCGGUGCGGGUGGCGAUUACACCUUGCUACCUCAAACACCGAAGCUCGAUAGGAAGCGCUCGAAAAAGGGCACGAGGGAGGUGACAUUCGAGACACCGGUAUGACGGUCGCUCGACGGGGAAGGCCCAGCCAGCGUGCCGCUUCUUUCGCUGUCGCCGCUACGUUUUGCCUAGCCCCGUCGAGGUUUCGAGAAUCUUAAGAAGCAAGUCAAAUUCAAGAAGGGAUUCUCAUUACUCGAACAUUCACCUCCUCGGCGUCAUUUUUGGUGGCGUCCAGGCAAGCAGACGCACGAUGGAGGAAGAAGAAGAGGAUGCCUAUUGGCCGAUCGUCGAGCCCCAACCUCUGACCCCUCCUCCUGUUCGAUGUCCAUUCGGACUUAUCAGGAUGAUCCGGACGUCGAAGAGACGACUCUGUGGUUCUAAAAAAUGCGAUGAAACUCCUUCCGCGUGUGCAGGCUCCCUUUAAAAAUAUUUGCACUAGCUCGGACUCCUUUUCCAGACUCUUUCGUAAAUAUCGUGAGUGAUACGAGCCUUAUACACACACACACACACACACACACACACACAUACACACUUACAUACAAAACAUAGACCUAUAUACACGCAGGUACUAUUCGUACACCCGAAAAAACGAACGAAAAGAACUUUAACUUGCUAUAAGAAACAAAAAAGAGAGAAUCCGCGAAUGAGAAUGCAUCGAGGUCGAACGAGGAAGGGAGUCGAAGGACGAAACGCGGUAAAAGGGGUGAAGGAGGGGAAAAUGGAAGAGCUUUUUUACCUUCACCGGAAAACGUCCUUCCUAAUUUUUCGAGGAAUCUCUAUUUAUACGUCUCUCUCUCUUUCUGUUUUUUUCUCUUUUUCUCUCUUUCUCGUAGCUAAAAAAUGUGAAGAAAGUUGAAAAGAGAGAAAAAGAUGAAGAGAAAGGGUCGAAAGAAGAGAUUGGAGUAUAUCGCGUUAUAUCUUAGACGUGCAUAGCCUCUGUGUACUUACACCCAUACAUCGACUGUGAUUAUAACGGAUAUAAUUCUUAAGUCUUUCAAGAGGUAUCGCAAAAAAUCGACUAUAUUGAAAUACCUGUUGAAUUGUAAGUCUCUCAGCGACAUCGAUUUAACUAUUUUAGGGAGUGUCUUCGUAUCGUACGCGUUCGAGUCAUUGCAUCAUGGACGCGUGAUCUCAAACUUUUUCUUCCAUUUAAAUUGCCUAAAAUAUUUGCUUCAUUGUUUUUCCAUAAUCAAGAGACAUAUUCUUUAAAUGUUAACAUGUUCACUGUUUUUUUUUUCUUUUUUUUUUUUUUUUUUAUGAUCUAUUUUAUAAGACUCCUAUAAUAUAAUAAUGUAUAAUACAUUGUUUAGAAACGUUCUGAGAUUAAUCUGCCUAAAAUGUGAUUCACGUAUGGAUAUGUAUUAAAGGACAGUAAAUAUGUUAAAUUUGUUAAUCUAUUUCUUCCUAUGGUUUUAUGACUUCUUUUUAUAAGUUCAUUGUUAAAGUAUCGUAAAGGAGUCAAAGUAUUUGCUAUUUACUCUCUCUCUCUCUCUCUCUCUCUCUCUCUCUCUCUCUCUCUCUCUCUCUCUCUCUUCCUCUUCCUCUUUCUCUUUCUGACGAAAAGAAGAAAAUCAUUAGUCUUCCUCCGGGUUUUUCAUCGACAUGUCCAAGCCAUAUCGAUCGUGGGUAGUUGCACAAAAAAAAAAAAACGAAGUUCCACUCGUCGCAAAAACGAUACCUCGACUCGACACGAAGAUCUCUAAUCACAAGCGAACUGAUACUUGCACUAUUUCAAUAUACCAUGGGCCAUUCUCACCUUUCCGCCACUCCAUCACAAUUCUCCUAACUCAUCGACUUUAGGACAAGCGCGUUUCGCGUUACACGAAACGUCAAAUAUAGAAACUAAUACAAUGGACAAAAAUGGACACGAGACAUUGAAGUGAGUUAUAUUCACAUAUAUAAUGCAAUAAGUGCUUUGUUUAAAAAAAAAAAAAAAAAAAAAAGAAUUAAAAAAUCUGCAAUAAAGUGCUUCGAGAACAAAUGGAAAAAAAAAAAAGUAAAAACAACAAAUUGUAAAAUAGUUGAUCGCGAAUCGAAUUAAGAGACGAAAUGGUUUAUUAUUAACAUAAAAAUUGAGGUGAAAGGAAGAAAAGCGGGCGUGCUAAAGUAGAUACACAUAUGUAAAGAGGAGAGAAAGAAUAAAAGGAGGAGGAGAAGAGGGAGGGGAAGAAAACGAUGAAGGAAAUAAAGAAGACGGACGACGAUGAUGACACAAAUUAAGAAAACAUGUGUGUUUGUAUGUUUCUAUGUUUAUAUAAUCCCCGCGUGUGAGAGCAAGGCCGAAGAAGAUCUAGAAAAAAAAAAAAAUAAAAAAUAAAAAACAAAGACGCAUAAACGAUUUAAACAAAAGAAACAUUAAAUUUCAAAAGUCUAGAAGGACGAGUGAAAAGUAUUGCGAAAAAAAAAAGAGUGAUGGCAUAGUGAUAGGCAAACGAAAAUAUGCAAAACGGGUGGAAACGUGCGUGUGUGUCUAUGCGUGCUUUGGGUUACGUUGAAGAGAUAUGGGAUAUGCCGAAGAGAAUAAAACGAAAACAUAAAAAAGUUUGUAGAGUACGCUUGCGAAUCGAUCAAAUGAGCGUGCGUGUGUGAUAAUUAAUAAUAAUAAUAAUAUUAAUAAUAAUAAUAAUAUUAAUAAUAUUAAUAAUAAUAAUAAAAAAAUAAUAAUAAUAAUAAUAAUUAAAAAAUAAACCGGAGCAAAGGAUCUUACACGUCGGAAAAUAUGUUUCGUACCUGAUAGAUUUUGCCUGAUAUUUUAACAUGUAAUAUAUCGCGUUUCUUAGAUGAUGUUUCAUUCUACGAGUUCUUAACACUUGCAUUGCGUCAUAUAAAAAUAAGAUAAAUACGAAAAUAAUUUAGUAAAAAGAAAAAAAAAAAAUAUAUAUAUAUAUAUAUAUAUAUAUAUAUUGUCUUUUCUUUUUUCUCUUUAUUCUUCAAUUUUUGAUGAAACGUAUACGAAUCAAGUUUAUAAAAUUAUAAUAAAAUCAGUGAUGCUUUUUCUAUCUUUCAUUUGCGAAUUCGCAACGAAAGUGUUAAGAAAUCGAUCCGAUGAUCUUCGCAAAUCGCGUAGUAAGAAUCCUUAUUGUAGAUCAAUGGUUUCACUGAAGGAUAUAUUUUGCUUUUGACUUCGAUUAGUGGGCGUGUAACUAGCAAUCAUAUACAUACAUAUAUUAUAUCGAGUCGCAAUGAUAUUUAUAUACGAGCAUCGUUAUAUAAUUCAUCGUUACGAUUUUUCCAUUAUAAAACGAAGUACAAACUAUUCGUUGUUUGGUUUCCGAUCGACGUGCCUAGUCAGCAUUUUGCGUUUUAGUAAAGUAGAAGAAGUCGUAAAAUAUGGUCUUUCCUCGUUCGCCAUAAGCAAUAGCGUUUAAAGACCUGUGUAGAAUUAACACAUAACACGAGGAAAUAAUCGAUCGAUAUAAUGCACACACACACACACACGCGCGAUAGUUGUUACGGACUCGAAUCCAUCGAACGCGAAUCAUUUUUUCUAUUGUACAUAAAUAUAUUGUGCGAGCAAAAAUUUCGUUAUUGUAAUAUCAAGUUAAACAAAAAAAAAAAAAAAAAAAAGAAAGGACAAAAGAGAGAGAAAAAUUUGUUUUAUCAUUUUUAAAGCGUUACUGCUUCACGAAGGACGGAGAAAUUGAAUGAAAAUUGGAAAGAAUUAGUUCAAAAGCGGCCCGUCCCGAUUCUUUGACCACCAAAUCAGCCGCACGUCGAUAUUGGCACGAGACCAGCCGUGCGAAACGCAAGGGCCGAAUUUCUGGCUUGAUUUUAGGCUGAGUUAUUUACAUACGAAUAGAGACCGAACGGAAUACAUUUGGCAAAUAUUUCUUCGUACGCUCGAUCGUUUCGACGUCCACAUAUGCGUUCGAUGUACACGAUACAGACAAAAAAUAUUUCACAGUCGCAUAUGCGAUUAUGAAAUAUAAGUUACGAGCUCGAGCUCAAAGUACCCCACCUAUCUUUCUCUCUUUCUUUCUCUCUCUCUUUCUCUCUCACUCCCUCACUCUCUCUCUCUCUCUUUCUCUCUUUCUCUUUUUUUCUCUCUCUUUUUCUCUCCCUCUUUGUAAGAAAAGUACACACUCUUUCGAUUUAUCUGUCUUUAAAUUUUUUAUUUCAUACUACCAGUGGCAAAUAUUAAUUAUCAGCCGAUCGAUACUCGGCUGUGAUAAUAUUAGAAAAGACGCGAAAUAAAGAAAUCGCAAAUGAAAAAACACAUAUCAAAUGUAGGGUGCUAGGAUAAGCUAUUGUAUAUUCGAACAAUGGUUUCUCUUUUUUUUUUUUUUUAUUCUCGUGGAAUGUAAUUUUGUAAUGAUCUCCGAUAGAUUUGCUCGAUAGAUGAAGAAUAUAAAAUUCAUGUAUUUUGUUAAACUCUGAUAGAAAUUUAUUGAAAUCAAUAAAAUAAAAUUUUUACAUUUAGUCAUUCUACUUAAGCGUCCAAAUUCCUAGAGAAAGAAUUGUUAAAAAUAUUUGUUUUCGAGAAAGAGAAAAAGGGAGAUAGCUUGAAAAGAGAGAUGAAGAUAAAAAGGGAGAGAACUCGUGAAAUAAGAGAACAAUAUAUUUUCCGACGUAGGAUCGGCUUUAAAAAAAAGGGAUGCGUCUGAAUGUGCGCGAGUGUCUUUAUCGAUGUUGUGAACCGUGUUACCAGAAACAAAUAAAAUGAACAAAAAAAGAAGAAGAAGAAGAAGAAGAGAUAUAAUGAGGAAAAUAAAACACAAGAGACUACAGGGGCGACUGCAAACAAAAAAAAAAAAACAAAAAAAAAAGAAAGAAAAAAGAAAGAAAUAAGAAAACGCACGUAAAGCCAACAAACACACCAACGUGACUCACGAUUACAAUAAUAAUUGAUGACGAUGUUUACGACGAAGCGAAAAAGAAAAAAAAAAAAAUACACUAACACCGUACCAUGAACAAAAACGACAAGACACUGUAUAUUAUUGCUAUUAUUUAUUAUUACGAUAUGUUCGUUGACUAUUAUGUUAGAAAUAAAAACUACAUUGAGAAAUGA